GUCGCCGCGCCCCCGCCCCGUCCGGUCCCGCGCCCGCCCGCCCGCCCGCCCGCAGCGCCGGCCAGGCUGCGCUCCCGCGGCCGCGCCGAGAGGGAGGAUGCGGCGGCGCUCGCGGAUGCUGCUGUGCUUCGCCCUGCUGUGGGUGCUGGGCAUCGCCUACUACAUGUACUCGGGGGGCGGCUCCGCGCUGGCCGCGGGCGCGGGCGGCGCCGCCGCCAGGAAGGAGGACUGGAAUGAAAUUGACUCCAUUAAAAAGAAAGACCUGCACCACAGCAACGGUGAUGAGAAAGCACAGAGCGUGGAGACCCUCCCUCCAGGGAAAGUACGGUGGCCCGACUUCAAUCAAGAAGCAUAUGUCGGAGGGACCAUGGUUCGCUCAGGACAGGACCCCUACGCCCGCAACAAGUUCAAUCAGGUGGAGAGCGACAAGCUGCGCAUGGACAGAAGCAUUCCUGAUACCCGGCAUGACCAGUGUCAGCGGAAGCAGUGGCGAGUAGACCUGCCGGCCACCAGUGUGGUGAUCACUUUUCAUAAUGAAGCCAGGUCAGCCCUGCUGAGGACAGUGGUCAGUGUGCUUAAGAGAAGUCCACCCCAUCUCAUACGAGAAAUAAUCCUGGUGGAUGACUACAGCAGUGAUCCUGAGGAUGGUGCUCUCCUGGGGAAGAUUGAAAAAGUUCGGGUCCUUAGAAAUGACCGACGAGAAGGCCUGAUGCGCUCACGAGUGCGGGGUGCUGAUGCUGCGCAAGCCAAAGUCCUGACCUUCCUGGACAGCCAUUGUGAGUGUAACGAGCACUGGUUGGAGCCGCUGCUGGAGCGGGUGGCAGAGGACAGGACACGGGUGGUGUCUCCCAUCAUCGAUGUCAUUAACAUGGACAACUUCCAGUACGUGGGUGCCUCUGCUGACCUCAAGGGUGGUUUCGAGUGGAACUUGGUGUUCAAGUGGGAUUACAUGACGCCUGAGCAGAGGAGGGCUCGCCAGGGGAAUCCUGUUGCUCCCAUAAAAACACCGAUGAUUGCUGGUGGACUCUUUGUGAUGGAUAAGUUCUAUUUUGAAGAACUGGGGAAAUAUGACAUGAUGAUGGAUGUAUGGGGAGGAGAGAACUUGGAAAUCUCCUUCCGAGUGUGGCAGUGUGGCGGCAGCCUAGAGAUCAUCCCCUGCAGCCGCGUGGGGCAUGUGUUCCGGAAGCAGCAUCCCUACACCUUCCCCGGGGGCAGCGGCACCGUCUUCGCACGCAAUACCCGCCGGGCAGCAGAAGUCUGGAUGGAUGAAUAUAAAAACUUCUAUUAUGCAGCUGUGCCUUCAGCCCGAAAUGUGCCCUAUGGAAAUAUUCAGAGCAGACUGGAGCUGAGAAAGAAGCUGAGCUGCAAGCCCUUCAAGUGGUAUCUGGAGAACGUCUACCCAGAACUGAGGGUUCCAGACCACCAAGACAUCGCCUUUGGGGCCUUGCAGCAGGGGACCAACUGCCUGGACACCUUGGGGCACUUUGCAGAUGGAGUUGUCGGAAUUUACGAGUGUCACAAUGCUGGGGGAAACCAGGAGUGGGCAUUGACGAAGGAGAAGUCAGUGAAGCACAUGGACUUGUGCCUGACCGUGGUGGACCGGGUACCUGGCUCCCUCAUCAGACUGCAGGGCUGCCGAGAGAACGACAGCAGACAGAAGUGGGAACAGAUCGAGGGCAACUCCAAGCUCCGGCACGUGGGCAGCAACCUGUGUCUGGACAGCCGAGCGGCCAAGAGCGGCGGCCUGCGCGUGGAGGUGUGCGGGCCCGCCCUCUCGCAGCAGUGGAAGUUCUCACUCAACCUGCAGCAGUAGGAGCCCCGUGAUGCCGCCCUCCUCCUGCGCCUCUGCCCAGUCUGGGGAUCACAUGACUGGUCAUGGUUCUUAAACUUUCUGCAAAACUAUAUACCUCAGAGUUCCAUCGUGGUCUGAAAGUCGAAGAACUGGAGCGAGGCGUGGGCUGUGCUCACCGUGGUGGUGGACAAGAGGUCGACUUGUCCAGCUCAGUGCAGCAAGCCCCCAGGCUGCACCCCUGCCCAGCCUUCCGCUUCCUGCUGGCUCUACUUUGAGGAGCCACCCUCCCCCACCAGGUAGGGGUGAGAAGGGGAGGGUGGGGGGGCAGGGAGGGAGAGGACUCACAGCAAGAACUCUCAACAUCUCUGUGUUGGACUCAUCGAAAUCAUGCGUGAACUAGGUGUGACUUGCACCUGUGACCCAGCACGGGGACACGGAGGCAGCAGGAUCUUGAAUUCACGAGCAGCCUGGGCUACGUAACCAGACCCGUCUUAAAAAAGAAAAUCAUGUCGUGUGGUUUCCACAAAGCAACCCAUACCGUUUGCAGGUGUCCUCCUCCCUCCUUGAGCCUCUGGGCCAGCGGUCCUCCCAGCGGUCCUCACUGCCUCUCCCUCCCUUCCCCUACUGAUGUGCUUGCCGUGUUUGGACAUGAACUUUCCCCAGGUGGGGCGCCAGAUACCGACCACAGAGAGAACGUGCGUCCCUGGGCGCCGUGGGCCUCCACCCUGCGACCCUCACAGCAGGAGCUGCAGGCGUGCGGGGAGGCACUGGCGCUCCCGGGCACAGGGCGGCCUGGGACCCUGCCCACGGUGCCUCUGUUGCCCUUCCUGUCAGGGUUGUGGCUGGGCUGGAUCGUCAGCUUUGUGUCUGUUGGAAUCUGUAAACCUGGAUAGGUUAUUUAUUUGGGCAAGUUUUGCUUUGGGUUUUAUAAUAAUAAUUAUUAUUCAGUUUCUUUUCUUUAAAAGAAAGAAAGCCAACCCACAGCUCCUGCUGUGAGCCACAGCACCUCCCGCCAAGUGACGGUGCCUCCUGCCCGGUGAUGGUGCCCCACCUGGUGACGGUGCCCCCACCUGGUGACGGUGCCCCCACCUGGUGACGGUGCCCCACCUGGUGACGGUGGCAGCCAGC